CGACACAGGCCGCCAUGUUGCCUCAAUAUUUUCUCUGUGCCGUUUACAAACUAACUGGGUGAAAGGUUACGGGAUCAGAGCCCAGUUCAGUCAAAUCAAAUAUAGAUGCAGUCAGUAACACUGCACUUAGUCCACCCUGUAAUAACAAUAACAUCUCUGGGAGACAUCAACAGCUAUUUACGCCUUGCUUCUUGAUUCCUUACGUCUUCCUGACUGCUCGAGGUGUCAUAAUAAUGGACAAUCAGAUGUUCGAAUCUGUGGCAGAGAGAACGUUCCAGUAUCAGUCCACGCUGCCACCGCUGCCCGUCCCGUCCCUGGAGGAAAGUCUCCACAAAUACCUGGACGCAGUGAAACCAUUUGCUUCUGAGCUUGAGUUUCGCAACACAGCAGCCAUCGUGAAGCGCUUCGUCGAGGGAAUCGGGCAGCAUCUUCACCAACGACUCUUACAGCGAGCCAAGAGCCGGCGCAACUGGCUGGAGGAAUGGUGGCUGGACACGGCGUAUUUGGAGGUUCGAGUGCCGUCUCAGCUCUUUGUGAAUUUCGGAGGUCCGGCACCGUACCUGGAGCACUGCUGGCCACCGUGUGAGGGGACGCAGUUAGAAAGGACCAGUUUUGCGACAUGGCUCACGCUUCAGUACUGGGACCUCAUCCGCACGGAGAAGUUGGCCGUCCAUAAAGCACGGGACAUGCCCUUUGACAUGGAUCAGUUACGCAUGCUCUUCUGUACCUGCAAAGUACCUGGAAUUAACAAGGACAGCAUUCUUAACUACUUCAAGACAGAAAGCGAAGGCCCGUGUCCCUCUCACCUCAUAGUGAUGUGUCGUGGGAGAUUCUUCACCUUUGAUGCUCUCUGUGAUGGACGUCUCCUCACUCCUCCUGAAAUACUGAGGCAGCUGACGUACAUUAAAGAGAGUUGUGAUGUAGAGGUAUGGGGUGACGGAGUGGCUGCUUUGACCAGUGAAGAGAGGACGAAAUGGGCUAAGGCACGAGAGCAUCUGAUCUCACUCGAUCCUGUCAAUAAGACCAUACUGGAGACCAUCCAGAGCUCACUGUUUGUUAUCUCGCUGGACGAUGCCAAGCCAUAUUCAACCCCUGACAAUUACAGCUCGAUGACCCUGUUGGCUCUGACUGGAGACCCCACUAUCCGCUGGGGUGAUAAAUCCUACAACUUUAUCGGUUUCGCCGAUGGCACCUUCGGCUCAAACUGUGAUCAUGCCCCCUAUGAUGCCAUGGUCCUGGUGUCUCUGUGUCACUACAUAGACCAAAAAGUGAAGGCCUUCGGUGGAAAAUGGAAGGGUUCAGAAAUGGUCCGAGACCUUCCUGAUCCAGAAGAGCUCGUGUUCACUGUAGAUGAAAAAGUCAGAACUGACAUUAAACAGGCUAAAGAGCAGUACAGCAAAAGUACUCAGGAUCUGCAGGUCGUCGCUUAUGCCUUCACCUCUUUUGGAAAGGCCGCGAUCAAGACGAAGAAACUUCACCCGGAUACGUUUGUACAGCUCGCCAUGCAGUUAGCGUACUACAGGCAACAUGGAAAACCCGGGAGCUGUUACGAGACCGCCACCACACGCCGUUUCUAUCACGGCCGCACUGAGACUAUGAGGCCGUGCACGGUAGAAGCCCUAAACUGGUGCAAAGCCAUGCUGAAUCCGUCAGCGACUACUGAAGAGAAAAGAAAGGCACUGCUUCAUGCUUUCAAGAAACAUGACAGGCUGAUGGACGAGGCUCAGAAAGGAAAAGGCUUUGACAGACAUCUUUUGGGCCUGUACUUAAUCGCCAAGGAGGAAGGACUUCCUGUUCCUGAGCUUUACUCAGAUCCUCUCUACAUUAAGAGCGGUGGAGGAGGAAAUUUCGUCCUUUCCUCCAGCCUUGUCGGCUACACGACUGUCCUGGGUGCCGUCGCUCCCAUGGUGCACCACGGCUAUGGCUUUUUUUACCGUAUCCGUGAUGACAGGAUUGUUGCUGCCUGUACAGCCUGGAAAUCCUGCCCAGAGACAGACGCUGAGACGUUCUUUCAAAACUUGUGCACGUCGUUCCAUGAUAUCAUGCAGGUCUCGACCUUGUCCCACCUGUAGAACGAAGCUGUCUGAGAAAUCCUUUAAUUAGGUUUGAACUUUAUGCAGCUAGGCUUGUACUGAUAAAGUGCCUUUAGGUGAAUUAUACCUCAGGCUUCCUCGCGAUACCACAUGAUUCAGAUUCAUGCGCGAACGUUUCCGUAUCUGAUUCUGUCUUUUCUGAGUCUAUGAUAUGAUUCAGUUCAUUAGCCUUUCAUCGAUAUGUGACCAAUUCGCAAAAAUAAAUGACGUACUGUAGCAUAGGAUACAUACAAAAUGCGUUUACACAUCAAUUUAUAAACCUCAGUCCAAAUCAUCAAGGAAUUAAAAAAAAAAUGUAAAGGUGAAAUAUGAUUUUUGACCAAAGGCACUUGUAAUAUUUUUCCUUAUUUUUGUCCUUUUUCCUCUAUCUAUCUCGAUGCUUUGAUAAAUCUCUGCGUAUGUUACAGAUCAGGAUGAUUUGUAGUUCUCUUAACUGUAGUUUACCAACAGAAAUGUAGGGAGUAAUGCAGAGGGCAUUUAGUAAAUGCACAGAAGCUGUUCUGAGUAAAAUUACAACUAGUUUUGUGUUGAAAUGACUUAGAAUUCAGUGUCACUGUAAAAACAGUUGAUGGCAGCGUCAUUUACUGUCGGUCGGAUUUACAACAUACAUGUACUGUAGUCGAUCAGUUUAAACUUGAUUAGGGAUUCUGACUAAAAAAAAAAAAAUACACAAUAGUCUGAAGCUUAUGAAUUUAAACAGUUUACUAAAUG